UUAAAGACCUUGAAAAGCCCAAAUAAUCUUGUGCGCAGAACCAUGCAGGGGCAGAACUUCCUCACGGGUGUCGUCUAUAAAUAGACAAGGCUCUGCUGCAGCUUUACACCUGUCUUUUACAAUCACCUUCACAAACGUAAACAACGACUGGCGAGACGUGCGGAGACCUCAGUGGAAGUUAAAGGAUCGACUGGCCAGCCUCCAGCGUGCAAACAAGGAAUGUGUGCAAGAAUCUGCAGAGGAGACUGGUGACUAGAAGACCUGUAAACACGAGGUCCCUUCAACCACAAAUCGAGUGUGUACUCUUGAAUGAGUGUCCGAGUGUGUGACAGCAUUGGUAAUCUGUGAAGGACACACAUGACCCACAGUUUGAACAGCCAUCAGAGCCGUCUGCCUGUGGCCCAGGCCACCGUUUUGAGUCAGACUCAAGACUUGAGGACAGCCAUGGACUCCCUGCUGUGUGGGGCUUUUGCUGGGGCUGUAGCCAAAACUGUGAUUGCACCUCUGGAUCGGACAAAGAUCAUUUUCCAAGUGUCCUCACAGAGAUUCUCUGCUAAGGAGGCGUUCAGGCUCAUCUACCACACCUACAUGAAGGAUGGGGUGCUCAGUCUGUGGAGGGGAAACUCUGCUACCAUGGUGAGGGUGAUGCCAUAUGCUGCCAUUCAGUUCUGCUCUCAUGAACAGUACAAGAAGCACCUGGGGGGCUACUACGGCUACCAGGGAAAAGCUCUGCCCCCUGUCCCUCGAUUACUGGCAGGCUCUCUGGCAGGGACCACUGCUGCUAUGCUGACCUACCCUCUGGAUAUGGUGCGAGCCAGGAUGGCAGUCACAGCCAAAGAAAUGUACAGCAACAUCAUGCAUGUUUUUGUGCGGAUCUCCCAGGAGGAGGGUAUAAAGACCCUUUACAGAGGCUUCACUCCCACUAUUCUUGGUGUCAUCCCAUAUGCAGGGAUCACUUUCUUCACAUAUGAGACACUCAAGAAGCUUCACACAGAAAAAACAAAGCGAUCCCAACCCUACCCCCAUGAGCGCCUUGCUUUUGGGGCCUGCGCCGGCCUUAUUGGGCAGUCUGCCUCAUACCCUCUGGACGUGGUGCGUCGGCGCAUGCAGACAGCAGGCGUUACAGGCUCUUCAUAUGCCACGAUCAUUGGGACCAUGCGUGAGAUCAUAACACAGGAGGGAGUUGUCCGUGGACUUUACAAAGGCCUGAGCAUGAACUGGGUUAAAGGGCCUAUCGCUGUUGGGGUCAGCUUCACCACAUUUGACAUCACACAGGGCCUUAUGCUCAAACUUCACCAGAUGAGCUACUUCACCCACUGAAUUACUGGAGCAGCAGAGGGAUGAUGAUUCACACAGAUGUGAGGGAGGUGGUGAAUGUUGUUGUAUGGCAAUAAUAUGCGUUUGCACUGGGUCAGUGCAGGAAAUCACCUGUGAGCUCCAAACAGGAUGUCAGAGGACUGAAGAAGUGGACAGAAAGCCUUGUGCAGGAAAAACUUAGUAACUCAUACUAUGUAAAUGCACAUCCAGGAUUCACUGUCAGAGAGGAGGAGACAAAAACGUGUCUUAGAAUUGUCACAUCUUCACAGCUUUGUUUAAAACCGUGAACCCAUGAGGGUAGCUAAUGUGAUCUGAAGAGGAACAAUGGAUAAAGACUGAUGAGAUGAGGCUUGCACUUUACUGCCCCUGCAUUGUUCUUUCAACAUGAUUUUAAAUCAACAGAGAUAACUUGUUUUUAAAAGUUUUAUUGAUUUUAAUUUUGAGAGUUUUAUUUUCUGUGAUAAUCAGGUUGCUUUUGCUCUUUUUGAUUGUUUGAAAAAGCCUGGUCCUGCGGGUUGUGUUUAGUCCUGAAAGAGUGACUUUGCAACAUGGUUGGUUUUAAUUUUCAGUUUUAUGAUGGUGCCUAUGUUGCCUGAAUUGAGAAGUAUGAUGGAUGGAGUGAAUGAUUGUAUGGAAGGAGGGUGAUCAUGUCAGCAGGACCGCACACUUUGACUGUCCAUCCAGCACUGAGGUAGUGUGAGAAACGUCUAAUAACUGGCUAAUCAGAUAUGUGGGAAAUAAAUCUAUAUAAAUAUAUAACAGAUUUUGUUUUAUGUGCAUAUCAUGGAGAUUAAAUUUUUUAACAGUGCUCACAUUGUUGUGCUGAUUCUACCAUUGCUUUGGCCUGAUUGUACAUCGUUGUUUACUUUGAAAAUCAGAAAUAUACCAAAGCAUUUAUCUGAGUUGUAUGAUUCAUGUGAAUAAGGACUCAGUCUAAAUUUUACAGCUCAUGUGUAUUUCAAAGUUGCAGCAUCUCCAAAGAUGUAUGUUUACAAUGCAUCAAGCACACAAUGCAAUAAAGUGUCUAUCCAAAACUUUGAGUCAUUUUGUCCAUUAGG